AUGAGCCACAGUCAAGGCAAAGGACGCCUCUCUUAAAAGACUCCGGAGCCAGGAUGAUGGUGCACCUGCGGCAGCCUUUCCCUCUGGUUGUGGUGGCGCAGAGUUUCUUUCUCCCGCUCAUAUUCUGUGAUGCUAAGCAAAUCAUCCAGGCCACAGACUUAUUGGACUGGGAGGAUAAAGAUGCUGCGGAUACUUUGGUUGCUAAUGUAGUCCAUUCUCGGAUCAUCAACCCUUUACGCCUUUUUGUGAAGCCUUCUCCAACAAUGAAACAUGGGCGGCUGCCAUAUUCACACAACACGGACAACUUUUGGGAUUGGCUAUCCAAUAUCACUGAAGUUCAGGAAUCUCUUGCACGAACUAAACGCAGACCAAUUGUGAAAACUGGAAAGUUUAAAAAAAUGUUUGGAUGGGGCGACUUCCAUUCUAACAUCAAAACUGUGAAGUUGAAUCUUCUGAUAACAGGGAAGAUUGUCGAUCAUGGCAAUGGAACGUUUAGUGUUUAUUUCCGGCACAAUUCAACAGGCCUUGGAAAUGUUUCUGUAAGCCUGGUGCCACCUUCCAAGGUGGUGGAAUUUGAAUCGUCCCCUCAAUCAACUCUAGAGACUAAGGAAUCCAAGUCUUUCAAUUGCCGAAUUGAGUAUGAGAAAACUGACAGGGCUAAGAAAACCGCAUUGUGUAACUUUGACCCUUCAAAAAUCUGCUACCAAGAGCAGACCCAAAGCCAUGUGUCCUGGUUAUGUUCUAAACCAUUUAAGGUCAUCUGUAUUUACAUUGCUUUCUACAGUGUUGAUUACAAACUAGUGCAGAAGGUCUGCCCUGAUUACAACUACCACAGUGAGACACCAUAUUUAUCCUCGGGAUGAUGUACUCUUUCUUCAUCAGUGACUGUUAUAUCAGAAAAAAACAAUCUGUCUGAAGUUCUAGUUUUAAAUUUCUUAAGGCAUUGUUCCUAAUCAGGUUAAUUAAGCAGCUUUCUUCUCCCUAAAGGAAAAUUAUCACUUGUGGGCUGGUUCACCCAUGCAUGUUCUUCACUUGGUGACUAGAACAUCAUGUAACAACUUGCAUAUGUCAAUGAGCCAUCAUGAUUGAGCACCACGUAACAUUUUUAUAAGGCUUCAGAUCAGAGUCCCUAUUUAGCCAUGCAGUUGUGAUUUCAUGAUGAAUCACUGAAUGAGUGGACCAGCCUGAAGAGUUUGCGGUUAUCAUAAAUAUUUCAAUAUCCAAAAAUCAAAAGAUCACUUUUUCACAAUACAGUACUUGUAUUUAAUUUCUCAUUGUGUCAGAUCUUAUCAAAUAUUAAUAGUAUAUAGAUAAGUGUGAAAAGCCAAAUUCUUUGCAAGGAAGAGACACAAAUGAUCUCUUACUAAGACUUGCUGCAACAGCAGAUUCAGCUGGUAGUAUUGGAAAAAAAACAUUCUUUGUUAGCAUUUUAGAAAUGUUAAACUGCCAGUGCCAGCAAAUUUAUCAAAGGUAAUAUUCAGGCUCUCUAACAUGUAGAGAUGUUAUCAAAAUGGAUUCUGAAGGUAGCCAAACUUUUUUUUAUGAGAUUAGGGAGAAACAUUGAGAGAAAGAAAUCUCUCAGAUGUGCUGCCAUGAAUUUUGCUUAAAACUUAGGCAAAAAUUCUAUAGGAAUUUAAAAUUAGAAGACUUUCUAUGAGAUUUGCAUAAUUUGUUCAUGAAUGAAUCAUUCACAAGCAGUAUUAUUUGCUUAUUAAAUACCUACAACCAUUCUAGCUAUAAUCUGACAAAACUGUCCUUUAUGUAACAAUUGGGUAAGUCAGUUGCAUACCUCUAAAGCCAUGUUUAUAUUGGUAAAGUACAUGUUGUAAUAGGAGCAGAGAACUGGAUAAAAAUUUUUCUGUGGAUAUGUUUCCCACUAUAUAGCUUUGCAGACAGUGCCAUUCUUCAUGAAAACAAAAACGGAUUUUGUUUUCAAAAUCAGUGGGUAGAAAGAACACAUAGUUUGAUAGGACAGAAUUCUACUGAAAUGUCCAUUUAAUGCAAAAAUAUUGAGAAAAUGUGUUCUGUAUUGAAACUGCUUUGUCCUUAGUCUAGUCAUGCAAUUCAGAAAUUGGAGUGUCUACCAAUUUUGCCAUUCUGAAAGCAUACUAAAAUUAGAAUCACAAGUUCUUUAAAGGGGGCUGUUUUCAUUCAGUGCAAUAAAGUAUAAUUCUGAUUUCAUUGAGAUAAUGUAGCAGGGAUGAUAAUCUCCUUCUCUGCAAUGGAAUCAUGUAGAGAUACAAAUGGACUUGCCUUUUUAGUAUCAUCAACCCUUGCCAGAAUCAUUAUAUAAAACCUUGAAGAAGAAACGUAACAUAAAAUUAUGAUGAGAUUUUUACCACCUUGCUUUCAUUGACUAAAAUUCCAGAUGACGUAUAUUUGUUUAAAUUUUCAAAGCAGUGAUUUUUUUCAAAAUGAAUGUUUUACAUAAGAUUUGCUUAUGUAAAUAUUCACAUUUUACAUUUGGAUAGGAAUCAAUUGGCUGAAAUCAGGUAGCUUCCAGGUGACCUAUUCAUUAACUUAUCUCAGACCUGGUAGGCUUCAUCAAUGAGAUAGUAUCAUCUCAAACCUCCAAUUACUUUUUAAAAAAUUGUUAAAAAUUUGCCAAGAACUAAUUUCUUCAGAGAAAAUUUAAUUAUAUCCCUCGCUUUUUCCCCCAGAGGCAGAAAUAAAUUCUUUUUUCUCCUUUUUUCUCCCAUUCACAAAUCUGUUCCACAUUUUCUGGAGCUUAGUUGAAGAGAUAGAAGAGGAUACAUGGAAAUUGUCACUCUCACUAAACUUUCUGAGAACUUCAUUCUCCACAUCCGCAAGAGAAAUGAAAUGAAAGAGGCAUAUAAACUGUGAAACCUUUGUGCAUUUUGGGAUUGUCACAUGUGAUGAUAUAUCACCCAAGUAUUUAUACAGCAGAUUCUAGUAUUUCUACCUAUAGAAAGAGAUAGAAGUUAUUCAUUGCAACAAAAGUAAUAACCAAACAAUUCUCACAUUGCAUGAAAUCCCACUCAGCUACAUUUGGGAUUCAAAGGUUUUCUCUUCAUAGAAGAUAGGAGAUUACUCUGUUAGCCACAUACAGAGGCAGGCAGGCAAACAGCUCCAUUUCAUUAUGCUAUGAAUAUAAUUCAUUUUUUGCAAAAUGAAUGACAAACUUUAACAGCCUGAUAAUAAGAUACUCAAUAAAUUUACCAUCAUAUUGGAAGGAUAUGAAAGAUUAAAGAUUCAAACAGUUUUUGGAAUAAAUCCAUGAUUGCAGUGGCAUCUGCAAUCAAAGUAUGAAAAAUGAGAUUUCUGCCUGUGAAGUGGGGGAGGGAACCCUCUGCCCAAAAGAUCAAGGAUCAGUAAGGAGAGAAAAUAGCUGCUUUCUGAUAAUGUAAGGCCCAGAUUAUUAGAUUUGCUUUGUUACAAUCAUCCAUUUAAGAAGAGGAGAAUUGAAAUGUAAUUUGGCAUGUAGUGAGAAAGUAGCCCAUUCCAUAUUAUUUAAUAAUAAUACUAUUAGAGCUGUCUCACCUACAUGUCUGACACCGAGGGCUUCCUCUCCAGGAUCUGGGGAAAAUUGACAUUUUUCCAUGAUUUUCAGCAAGGAGGAACUCCAGAUUGCAUUAUAAGCACCUCCCAACCAGUAUAUCCCAGGCAUUUAUAUAUCUAGUUGGUUCCUAUCUUGACCCACACUGUUCAGCAGGAACAUGUAUGCUCAAAAUCAUUUUGUUAAAAGAAAGAAAUGGUCUUCGAAAUUAAGUUUGGAAAUGUGUAUGUUUUCAUGUAUGUGAUCAAAAACCUGAUCACUUCCCUAUUUUGUCUUGAAGAGAUUUGCCAAAUUAAUUUUUCCCCAGCUUUUUCUUCUCAAAUAAGAAAACUACUAAAGUAAAAACUUAACUAAAACUUCUAGUUCACAUUUGUAUCAUGUGGCCUAGAUCUGGCUGUAUAUAAGCUAGGAUUUCUUGCUAAAAUUUAUGAGUUCAUUACUGGGUGAUUUUGUAAUUUAGUUGUAAGCUGUUAUUUUUGAACUUGUAUUUUUACCCAAUUCUGUAGCUACUUUAAAUACAAAUGAGAUUGUUUAUUGUAGAGUAUGUGGAAAUUAUACAUGUAUAUAUACUUAGAAAUGUAUGUGUACAAAUACAGAAUAUAUGUGUACACAUAUUUCUAUGUAAAUAAAGAGAGUUGAUUAAAUCUGUCAUUUGUUUAAAAUAGAUUUCCUUUUGAAGUACAGUACUUUUUCUCAAUGUAGAAGUCUAAAUAGAUUGGCUUUAGAUACAGGAAAUUUAUAACAUCAGAAUUUAGACUAUAAGUAUGUCUAAACUGAUGUAUGAAAUUACUCUGAUGCCUUAAUAAUUAUUUAUAGAAAUAAAUGUAUGCUAGGAAAUGUAAUUAAAUUUACUACCAACUUAACAGAUACAAGCAUACUCAUUUUGCAACCAUAGUUGGGAGUAGCAACUCAGAUGUUAAAUGAAACAUCUCUACAGGUGAAACUUGAAAAAUUAG